ACGCGAAAGCGCACGGCGACCGAGUCCAGGCGAAGCGCACGGCGACCGAGUCCAAACGUCGGCAAAAGCUUUGAAAAGCGAGAGAUCCGCCAUGCCGCCCGCGCUACGAGCCCGCGCCGCGGCCGUCGCGGUCCGCCACUCCUGCCUCCCGCGGUUGUCCCAUGCGUCGGCCGUGCGCCGCCUGUGCAGCCUGCCUCCGCUCGACACCGCACCGAGCCCUGAGAUCGCCGCCAAGGAGGCGCGGCGUCGAGCGAUGGUGGACGAGGUGGCUCGGGUGCAGAAGCAGCUCGAGGCGCAGACGGUCGCCGAGGUCGAGGCCGCGCUCCGCUUCCGGCAGACCCAACCAGACCAGUCGCAGCCCGCCGUCGCAGACGAGAUCGGUGGGCCGACGGGCAGCGAGCCGACCCGGUUCGGCGACUGGGAGCGCAAGGGGCGCACCUCUGACUUUUGAGCCUCGCAUGUCCGACUCUUGAGCCUCCGGCGUCUGAGCCGCGCAGUGCGGCGCUUGAGCCACGAGCGGAGGCGUGCGGCGGAGUGCAGAGCGAACGGACGGUGGGUGGGAUUGUGAUGGGGACGGGGGGCACCCGGGCGUGCACGCUGCUCGCUGGGAGUGUGUGUGAGGCAACGACUGGGUGAAGGGGAGUGGGGAGUCAAGGGGUAUUGGGUGUGCAAGGGGAGUAACCUUUCACCGGCAGCAAGAUAAUACCCUUCA